UCCAGCAUGCCCCCACCGGGGAGCCCGGGCCCUGACACAGCUCUGGCCCUCACCCUGGCCCUCGCCCUGGUUGACAGUCUGCUGCUGUGUGUGCUCCAGGAGACGCUGCCAGACCCCGGCGUGCCACACAUACAGGCUCUGCUCUUCAGGCUGGAGUCAGUGUCUCACUCACUUGAGAAGGCUGAUAUCAGGUCUGAGUUGCACCAGGACUCUAUUCUGGCAGACAAAGUGAAGAUUAUCCACACCUACCUGCAGCAGAGGAUGAGGUCACUGCGUAGACUCGUGCAGGUGCAGGGGGAUUUUGAAGCCAGUGUGAAAGACAUGCUGGAGGGUCUUGGAGGUCUCUGGGCUCAGCUGGAGGAGCUGCACACCGGGGUCACACUCACCAAAGAGGGGAGCCCCGGAGACCUGGCCUCGGCCCAGACAGACGCAGAGAAUCUGUUUGCAAUCUUGGGGCACUACAGGAACAGACUGCAAUGCUGCCAGGCUCACCUGAAGGACAGCACAGCGCUACUGCAGGAGUUAGCCUGGAGUCACACUCAUAUAAGAAACAACGUGAGCAGCCACAGCGAGUCAGUCUGGCCGGAGCUGCUGCUUCAGACAAACAUUGAGCAGUUUGACAAGGUGCAGGAGGGUUUCCUCUCCCUGGAACAACAGACCACUACGUUCCAGGCCCACCUGGAGGGACUCAGUAAGGAGAGCCAGGAGGGACAUGCGGGGCCCCUCGCUGACGGGGCCCAUUCACGCUCAGUGUCUCCACAGACUUCCCUACAGCUCCACAGUGAUACAGAGCGCAGGAACUCCACCUCUGCCUCCAUCUCUGUCUCCUCUAUGGAUGUGGACACGGAAACAGAAAUGGACGGUCCUCUGACACUUUUUGAGAGGUCAGCGCUGAAGUUCUCCUCCACCAUCAGACGGCUGCGUAAAUCUGGGAAGAGGAAGUAACUUUUUAAUCGGAUUUGGAACACUCACUAGAGCUUUUAUAAAAAGAACGGUUUUAAUUACCACGUGAGAAUAUCUUCAAAUGUUGAUCAUUUGCUAGUUGCCUAAACAAUCGUAUUUAUUGCUUCCUGUGUUUACAUUCUCUGGCUUUAAGAGUUUUACUACUUCUGUUGCUUUUGUUUUUUUGCAUUUCAAAUACUCUUGGUAGGCAACAGCAGCCUUUUCAUUUACAGAAUAGUUCAAACACAAGGGGGCGCACUGUCACCAGAUAUUACCUUUGGUUGUUACAAGCAUAAAGGACAUCUCACAUCACCUAUUCCAUUAUACUGUCAGACCUAUCAUAUACCAUACAGCCAUGUCAGCUCUGCAUUGAGGGAAUGUUUCCCAGACGUUUUAUUUCAAUCGACUCUUUAGGAGGAAAUCGUUUGACAUGUUCCUCCAACAUGUGGCCCAUAAAUGAGUUUCUGUAAGAUCAGAGCAGUCAACCACAACUUGCGUCUGAAGAAUUUUAUAAUGUGAAGAAUGAGAAUCAGCCAUAUGUUUUUUACAGUAAAUUACUUGCACGUACUGAGUUCAUUACGCAUUUGUACUUAAACAGAAUCAUGUAAAAUGGAUGAUUUAUUUUUUCAUCAUUGUGGCUGUGAAGUCUUAUUUUGUGUAUAAUUUCCUAUGAUUUGAUGUUAUUCUAUGUCCAGGAGGAAUAGGUUACAGGUUAAGAAAUCCCAGCUUUUCUUUUUGUACUGCCUCUCUCCAUCAGACUGAGUGGCCGCGAUGCCUUGAGCCCUUC